AUGUACAGCGAUGAUGAGGAGGCGGAAAUUGCUGUGGACAUACGAUGCAUCACGGGCCAAAAGGAGCCCAUUAAGCCCGCGCUGGCCUCCGUCCGCAGCAAGGACCCCUCCAUCGUCGCCACCCACUACGACCCAUACCGCCGACGGCUGUACUACGGCCUGGACGACGGGGCCGUGUGCUUCUGGAUCAUGACCGAGUCCACCCCCAACAGCAACGCCAGCCGCUUCGUGGGCGCCCACAAGGGCCCUGUGUCCGCCAUCUGCACCCCGCGCCCCACCGACGGCGACCUGGGCAAGGGCGGCCUCAUUGUCACUGGGUCCGUGGAUUCCAGCAUAAAGAUCUGGGACUACCAGGGCAAGGUGAUGCUGGAGCCCACCGUGUGUGUUCAGACGCUGUACGGCCACAGCGGCACCGUCACCAGCCUGGUGAUCCUGGGGGACUACAUCAUCAGCAGCAGCACGGACGGGUCCAUAAAGAUGUGGCGGCACGAGGAGGGGCGGCGGCAGCUGGUGUACCCGUGGUUCGAGCUGCAGGCGACUGUCAGCGGCAUGGAGGGCUGGGUGCGGGGCCUGUCUCACGACAGCAGCGGGGAUGUGGGGGACCUGGGGGCCCUGUACGCGGCGGAUGAGUCGGGCGGUAUCACUCGGAUCGUACCGGAGGCGCUAUGGGACGACAGCAUUCAGAGGUUAUCCACGAGGAUGGACUUCAGGGUGAACCGGCGGGUGGAGCACCUGCACGACCGGAGCGUAUCUAUAAUCCGCUUUGUCGCAAAGUGGGACCUGGUGCUGACCGUGGCUUUCGACCUGUGCAUCAGGGCCUGGGACGUGAAGACUGAGUCCGUCCGGCACUGCUGGGCCAACGAGCGGCAGUGCCAGUUCACCACUCUGGAGGUCAACCUGGAGUUUGAUGAGAUCCUAGCUGGAGACACCAGCGGCGUCUUGUCCAUCUUCUCCAUCCGCACCGGCCGCCUCAUGGUUACAAAACACAUGGUACAGCCCGCCACUGCCGCCGGCAGCAAGCGGGGAGUGGGGGCCAGUGCCGCCAGCACCGCAGCCUCCGGCGGCAGCAGUAGCAGCAUUCAGUCGGUGGUUUCGGUGCUUGGUCGGCAGCUGUACGCGGUGACUACUGCCCGGGAGCUGGGGCUGUGGAUCAUUGACCACGAGCUGGAUUACAACGUGGCCCGGGGGGGACAUGAGAAGGCGGUCAUCAGCCUGUACACGUGCUCGGGAGGCGUGGCCGGCCCCGGCGCUGACCUGGACUACCGCAUCUUUAGCGCUAGCGUGGAUAACACCGUACGGCUGUGGGAUCCAUACGACAUGGGCUGCAUUCGCGUCAUGGAGGAGGCGACCUCGGAGAUCAGCGCCAUGACUUUCUUUGAGGGCUGGAACUUGCUUGUGACAGGUCACGACAACGGGAACAUCCGGCUGUGGAACCUGGACACGGGCCACGCCACCACCCUGAAGGACAAGCACACCAAUGCCGUGACGGCACUGUCACUGGCGCUGGUGCAUCGCAACGAGGAGCUGCUCAUAUCGGCCUCCUACGACGGCUGGGUGGUGCUGUGGGACAUCCGUAGCCUACGAGGGGAGCCGCCGCACAUGGUGGCCAAGUUCCGGGCGCACGGCCCCGAGGCGCCCAGUGGCAGCAGAGUCCCCGGCAGCGGCACGGGGGACAGCGGUAGUCCCACCCCGCAGCGGUCGUCGCUGACGGGGAUUGUCGCGGGUGCAGCAGCCGCCGCGGCUGCUGGGGAGCCCAGACCCUGUACGGACGCGCUGAGAGUGGCCCUUGCGUCUCCUGAACCGGAGAUCUUGGCCCUCAAGUAUGACCCACUGAAAAAGGCGAUUGUGACGGCGGGGACUGAGGGUAUCAUUAAGGUGUGGGCCGCCACCGGUUACGACUAUCUGGGCUGCCACCGGGGGCACAAGAAUGCUGUGACGUGCCUGGCACUGGACGCCAACUUCCUCUUCUCGGGAUCGGACGACUGCACAAUAUGCCUCUGGGACACAGUCCCUGCAGCUGUGAACAAGCCCCACUUUGCAGCCUUGAAAGGCACCUUCAGCACGCGGCCGCUCAAGGUGCUUGAGGCACACAGGCGGAGCGUCACCGGUCUGGACGUGCUCCCCGCCAGUGGUCACUUGGUCAGCUGCUCCCUGGACGGACAGCUGCUGGUGUGGGACUAUGUGGCCGGGCAAGUGCGGCACAGGUUCGCACACGACACGGAGGAGUUCCGUUGCCUCGCCCUGCGUUAUGACAGGCCCGAGGUGCUUGUGGGCACCCUGCAGGCCAACAUCUUACGGUACACGAUACAUGAGCAGGCGGUAGCAGCAGCUGGGUUUGGUCGGCGGCCAAGCAAGGGGCACGCGCGGCAGACCGUUGACUCAGUUCAGGGGCUGCAUGGUGUCGUGGAGGGGCUCACCCUCAAUAGCACGAAUGAGAACGGUGUAGGGUAG